CUCUGGUGAAGACAUGGCAGCUCUUACCCCACAGAAAAGGCAUCACAAUUCUACUGAUACCAAUGGUUCAUCCUUAGCCUUUGAACCUCCCGGGAAAAAAAUGCUGGGCUUUGCUAAAGGUCUGUCUCCACCCAAGAAAUUGAGAAAUAAUUGGUUUGCUUCUCCAUUGAAAUGGUCGCCCGGCUCCAGCGAUGAGAUGAAAGAAAUUGAGGCUGUCCCGGUGAUGCCGGCGCUGUGGAGGGGGCUGGAUGCUUCCCCCCGUCAGGCAGUCGGUGCUCCUGCAGCCAUGCAGAGGGAAUUCUCAGGGAAAUUAUCCCCAAAACCCGCUUCCUCCUACAAACCCCUUGUGCCAGUGGUGUCUUUUUACAGCAAGGAAAAGCGAUACCUUACUCCUCUUGAGAGGAAACAACUGAACGAGAAGCGGUCUCUGGCUGAGAGGAACAGGGAUGAAAACCUCCCUGCUGCCAGCCAGACUGAGAAAAGAAACAGGAAUUUGGGCAGGAAUACCGGCUUAAAGAUGACCAAGCACGCAACCAACCCCAAGCAUGGUAAACCAGACCCCAAACUGCUUAAGAAGAAGGGGAAUGUACCACCGGGAAAAGGCAGUGUGGAGAAAGAGAAUGUGAGUUGUCUGGUUAAAAAGAAGAUAGAUUCACCCUUCAGAGUGCUCAGCAUGACAGUUAAACCAGCCCUGAAACUCCAGUUGGGAGCAGCGUUCUUCUCUGCCCAGAAGAAAUCGCACUCUAAAAAACCAGUUGGAGACAUGAAAUCUCUCCCUAGAUCUCUGCAAAACGAUCAGCCCAGACCACUGACAACUCCAGAGCCUAAUUCAGCUGAUAAAACCAAAAUUCUUGAGGCGGGUGGUGUAUUGAGAGGUAUUCCUGCGCCUCGGAAGAAGGAAAACGGAGACAGGGAGGACUUUACGAGCUGCGUACAUCAAGAGAGAGAUUCGGCACGUGAAGGAAAACCAUCUCCGCAGGAAAGCAGCAGCACCUCUGGCCCGUCGGGUAAUUCUGAGUCUGCAGCCGCAGGAGACGGUGACGCAGAAAAUGUGGAUGUUGAUGAAAUCAGUUCCUCUGCAACCUGUGAGUCCGAUGAUUGCGUUAUUCUCUCAAGCCAGCCUCCCUGUAAGGUGGUGGAUAAGCGAGCAACUCCUUCAAAUGCUGUUGUCUACCCCAUAUUCAGUGCACCCCCUGCCAGCAAGAAAAGGGACGCUGGUCAGAAGCAUUUUGGGACUGUGGUUUGCAAGUCGUGUGGCAUGAUCUACACGGCAGCUAGCCCGGAGGACGAAGCCCAGCACAUCCAGCACCACGAGAGUUUCCUUGAGGCGCUCAGAUACUUGGGCUGGAAGAAAGAACGGAUUGUGGCAGAGUUCUGGGAUGGGAAAAUCGUAUUGAUUCUUCCAGACGACCCAAAAUAUGCUGUCAAGAAGGCAGAAGAUGUCCGAGAAAUUGUAGAUAAUGAAUUGGGAUUUAAGCAAGUUUCUCUGAGCUGCCCAGCCAAGUCUAAAAUAUACUUGUUUGUGUCCAACGAGAAGAUGAUUGUUGGGUGCUUAGUGGCGGAAUCAAUCAAGCAGGCUUUCCGGGUGCUGUCUGAGCCGGGAGCCACUGGCCAGGACCUCCUCCAGCACCAGCGGGCCUGGUGCUGCUCCACGGAGCCCGAACGCGCCGUCUGCGGCAUCAGCAGGAUCUGGGUGUUCUGCCCGAGGCGCAGGAAGGGCAUCGCCCGUCGCUUGAUGGACGUGGUCAGGAGCACCUUCAGCUACGGCUGCUACCUCAGCACCGACGACAUCGCCUUCUCUGACCCGACGCCCCAUGGCAAGUUGUUUGCGACGAAAUACUGCCAGACCCCGAACUUCCUUGUUUACAAUUUCAUUUCUAACAACUAAUUCGACUUGAUUAGGACAAGUUGAGGUUUGCUGAAAGCGUCAAGAGAUAAUUUGUGUGUUCAAAAUAACGCUGUUUUCCUGCUGAGUGCUAGUUCUUCCUCCCCCAAGCGAGCUGGGGGAGCGCGUGUCACUUUGUGUACAGUUAUGUUCUAUUUUAGCAUAUGCUGUGGAACCCUGCUUGGAUUUCAGGUAGGUUUGUUUCUUCUGAAACUUAAAUUUUAUUGCAAGUAAUUUAAUUCUGUUGAAAGGUUGAAUUAAUAUAAAAAUGACUGUUUUCUCCCCGAUCUGUGAUCGCGUAGUUCCGAGCUCUCCGCAGUGCGUGUGCUGUGAAAGGCAGGGUGGCAGCCUUACUACAGUUACUAAAUUUAUGCACUGAGGAGUAAGAGAUGCCUUAAAACAACUGACUCGUGGCAGGAUUUCCUGCAGUGUGUCAGUCCUGGUGUGCUGCAGGGGAAGCUGUCAUGGGGGGGGCUGCCUGCUCGAUAAUAAAAUGUGUGAAAUGCUGCUGUUCGAGGUUGUUUCUGUGAACGGGAGAGAUGUGGGAACGCUCCCAGUUCUCUCCUCAUUUGAGGAGUUAGAGGAGAAGGCAGGGGAAGCUGAGGGCUGCCUCAGGGAGCAGGACAAAUAUGUGUCACAACCUUUUGUCUGCAGCUAGCUGUGGGCAGGAAUUUCCCCAACCAACAGG